AAGAAGAAAGAAGCUUCUCUCAGAAAGGUAACUUUUAUUUCAUAUUUUUCAACCUUAGCUUGUUUUGUCCUAAUUACAGGGAAAGACACUUCCUUGACCUGGGAAAGGAGAGUCAAAAUUCUAAGGGAAUGCGCUUUGGGCCUGAGAUAUCUCCACCACUACGUAGACGGCUGCAUCGUUCACAGGGAUAUCAAGCUUACCAACAUCCUCUUGACUGAGAACUUGGAACCAAAGCUCUCAGAUUUUGGGCUGGCGAAAAUCCUGAACAUGGAGGAGAGCAAAGUUUUUACUGAAGUCAGAGGAACAAUAGGUUACAUGGAUCCAGAGUACAUGAGCAAUGCCAAGCUAACCUGUGCCAGUGAUAUUUACAGUUUUGGCAUUGUCUCGCUUCAACUUCUUUCAGGACAAAAAGUUAUCGAGCUAGAUCUUGAGGCCAGAGAUCAGCUGACGAGGAAGGCGAGGGAUGUCAGCAUAGGCAAACGGCCACUGUCAGAUUUUGAGGACCCAAGACUAAAUGGAAACGUCAAUAAGGCGGACUUUGAGUCCAUUUUGCAAGUUGCUGUCUUCUGCGUAGCCCAAGAAAGCAAAGAUCGGCCCACAAUUGAUAUGUUCUUUCACGAGCUCGAGAAAGCUUGGAAGAACACAGUUGCCAAGUCGCAGAAGGAAAAGAAGGAGAAUUACUCGACAUCAACAUCCUUUUCAAGAUCAUCAGAUGUACAUCGAGUCUGAACACACUACCACGUUGCUAUUGCAGCAGCAGAAGGUUUUGUACGGCUGUCAUAAGUCAGUGUAAAGAUCAGCUUUCUUCAAGAAAAAAGCAUCUGACAAUGUCCACGUUUCCAUUGUCAAGACUGUCUCUGCUUCUCCUCUUGAGU